GGCCGGGGAUCGUCGUCAUGUGUCCCGCCGCCGCAGGGUGGGCGGGGCGCCGGUACCUUGGGGCUUCCGUAGCGGCGGGGGCGUGGACGGAAGGACGCGCGGCCCGUGGCGGUCCCUCCCCGGUGUCCUGCGCGGGGGAGGCGGUGGCCAUGGGGCCUGGCCGUCUUUCGCAGUCGCUCCUGCUGCGCUGCCGGCGGGCGGCAGCGGCCCUCGGCAUGGCCCGCUGCCGGCCGUCGUCCGCCCGCCCGCUCAGCGCCGCCGUUGGCCUACGGGCUCCGCAGCGGCCGCCCGGCAGGGGCGAGCCCCCGCGGGCGGGCGGCGGAGGGCGGUGGAAGGGGAUGACGGACGCCGGCGGGGGUGCAGAAGAAGAGGAGGAGGAUGAGGAAGACGUAGAGGAGGAAGAGGUGGAGGAGCUGCUGGGCCCCUCUCCGCUGGCCGUGGGGCCCGGCGCGCAGCGUCUGGCCGUGGUGCACCCGGCUGUCAAGUGGGGCCCGAAGAAGUCGCCGCUCACCACGGCUGAAUUGCAGAUUGCUGAGGCCGUUGCUCUUGUAGAUACCCUUCCGAACUGGACGGUUUUAGAUAAAAUAAUUAUCCCUACAAAAAAUCCUGACAAGAAGUUUGUUUUUGGCAAAGGAAACUUUCAGGCUUUGACAGAAAAGAUUAAAAAAUUGCCCCAUGUGACAGCUGUCUUCUUGAAUGUGGAAAGAAUAUCUUCACUAACAAAGAAAGAACUAGAAGAUGCCUGGGGCGUGAAAGUCUUUGACAGAUACACAGUUGUACUUCACAUUUUUCGUUGUAACGCCCGGACCAAAGAAGCAAAACUUCAAAUAGCAUUGGCCGAAAUUCCACUUCUCAGGUCAAAUCUGAAAAAUGAGGUAUCUCGGCUAGAUCAGCAGAGAGGUGGAUCGAGAUACAUCAUGGGCUCAGGUGAAACAUUCAUGGAGACACAGAACCGUAUCUUGAAAGAAAAAGAACUUAAAAUUAGGAAUGCCCUGGAGAAACUAAGAAGAAAAAGGUCUUUACUUAGAACUCAGCGCAGAAAACGCGAGUUUCCGAUUAUCUCAGUAAUGGGCUAUACUAAUUGUGGAAAAACUACCUUGAUCAAAGCCUUGACUGGUGAAGCAGGACUUCAACCCAGAGAUCAGCUGUUCGCCACUCUUGAUAUCACAGCCCAUGCUGGCUAUCUGCCCUCGCAUAUGGCAGUUAUUUAUGUUGACACUAUUGGGUUUCUGACUGAUCUUCCACAUAAUCUGGUUGAGUCCUUUUCAGCUACAUUAGAAGAAGUGGUUUACUCAGAUCUGAUAGUUCAUGUGAGGGAUAUUACUCAUCCAGAAACCGUGCUCCAGAAAGCAACUGUUCUGUCAGUUCUGAAGAAUCUUAAUCUUCCCAGCCGUUUAUUGGACUCAAUGGUAGAAGUUCAUAACAAAGUGGAUUUGAUAGAAAGGUAUAAACCCACCGAAGAAAAUGCUUUAGCCAUUUCUGCUCUACGUGGACAUGGUUUAGAAGAGCUGAAAGAAGAAAUAGAGAAAAAAAUUUUGAUAGCAACAGGGAAGAAGAUUCUGACAGUUAAUGUCAACUUACAGGGACCUCAGCUAAGUUGGCUCUAUAAAGAAGCAACAGUUCAGGAAGUAGAAGUCAUGCCUGAAGAUGGCACAGCCAGAGUGAAGGUGAUAAUCGGCAAUUCUGCUUUUGGCAGAUACAAGAGCCUCUUUCCAAACAGUAAGAUUUUUAUGCCAUGAAACUGCAUCCUUUUCUAGGAAAAGAAAUGGAUCUCAUUAAGAGGAUGUGAAACAAAAUUAAUGAUCUGUUAGCCUGGGUGCUGAAGAGUAUUUCUUCCCCAGUUGAUGUUUUUGAUGGAUUUUAGAAAUGGACACUGCUUCAGAAAACUUCUGUUUGGAAACAAUAAGAGCUUGGAGCUUCGUUCUGUCAGCAAGUGCAAGGACAGCACUAAAUUUUUAACAUUAAAACAGUUGUUGGCUGUAAGCUGUGGACCUCAAACACGUGGAAAUCACUGGAUGGCAUCUCAAUUAACUUUCAGAAAAGUACUAAGUUUCUCAUAUCAUAUAAGUAAAGGGUUUUACCCCCCUUUUUGGAAUAAAAUAAUAUUUAUUAUAGUUAAGGUGUGUCAGAUGGUCCUUGGAAAAUGAAAGUUAGUGAACAAAAUGUGGUUGGCUGUAUAUAAAUAAUACAGAUAGGUUCAUGCAUUCUGCUUGGAUACAUAUUUAAGUAAAAUAACUGCUGUGUUGUAUUGCAGUGAAGCAAAAAAUCAUAGAUUUGUAUAUUCAAGCAAUAAAGUUAGCCAGGAACAUCUUUUACCCGUACAGUUUUCUUGCCUACUGUAAUUUAGCCACAAUACGUACUACUGUGUCAGUUCUUAAAGAGAAGACAUUUAAGUUACAGCAAACCAGGGAUUUUGUGUGAAAUAAUUUCACAAAUUAAAAAAACAAACCAAAACCUGAUCCAUUACCUGAGUUAUGAAUUACUACUGGGAACCAAUAAAACAAUCAGUAUCACAUAAAGGAGAAGGAAAACCAUUUCAGUCCGUAUUACACUAAGAGAUCAAGUUUUAUUAGACAGAGUAACAAGCCACUUGAGAGUACAAAAGCCAGGCAGAAAAACAUUCCGAGGAUGUAUAAUGUAACACUUCAUGCAGGUAGUGACUGUAGAAAAAAAAUCAAAACUAAACUGCCUGCUCAGUACGAAGUACAUAGAGGUAAGAACAAGGAUAAAAAGCACUGUAAAAAAGCAUUUAGAAAGUCUUUAUAUAUAAAUGGAAUGUUUGGGUGUUUACUCCUAUGUAUUCUGCAAUUGCAAGAGAUUGCAUGAGGAGGUAGCAUCUUAGCCUCUCGUGCUGAGAAGUCUAGGCCGAGUUUGACCUGAUAGCAAGUAGCUGUUGAUUUCAAACUCCUGCAAACAUUAACAUCUUGCCAGAUGUUUGAACUCAGCUUUUGCGUAUAAAGUGCAUCUGAAAAGUGAGGUAUAUUGAUGAAGCUGCGUAGUGAACUUCAUACAAUGCCUGGUUUUGUUUUAGUCCCGAUGCUUGCCAUUUCUCUUACCUUCAUGAUCAUCUGUUAUUGCACAGUUCAUUUAAAAAAAUAGAAAAAUAGGAUUAAUACGCAAUGGCAAACAACAUAAAACCCUUAGUUUUUACAUAAGCAAAAAAUACUUAUUGAGAGGAAAAAUAACUCUAGAGCUACUAAAACAGGUAAAUAAAAAAACAGUAGUGAAACCCCGAAUGAGUAUGACAGAAGCCAAGAAUCUGUAUUUUUAGAGCGGUCUGAGUUUAGGUAAGGAAUUUGUUUCAUAUGUGUUUAUUUUCAAUGUAAGGCAUAUUUUGGCAACACCUAAUACAACAUAUUUUGUUACCACAGACAAAACACUCUAGGGGCCUAGUUUUGGUAUCUUCAUCACUGCAGAACUGGCAUGAGUGAUAAAAUGAGUUCAAACACGCAUACCUCUUACAAAUCAUAAACAAUUUUGGUGACUGCCCUGUUGGUUAACGGGCUCACAAACUGAUCCUUCAGCACCACAACAACAGUACGGCCACUUCUAGAUCUCUAAUGUUAAUGAUGUAUUAGUGUAUAUGUAUAAAAAUUGUGUCAAAUAGGAUUGUCACUACUGUUUCUUCAAUAUAUCAAAAUAUUUUUAAACUGUUCCUUUCCUACAUUUAACACAAACUAUGAAAACAGACAAGUCAGUUUCACACUGACAUAAAAUAUUGAGAACGGGGAUUGCAAGCUGUGCAGAAUAUAUUUACAAUUAUAAGUAAGAUAAAAUCUUAUCACAAAAUAAUUCUUGCAGCUACCGACGUAUUUCUCCUUGCUCAUAAGUAAAAUAAAAUAGGAUUAAAUUCUUGGGACUUUCAGUAUUGCCAACUGCUGCUACAGAAUCUAAGCACCUCCAAGUAAAUUGUACCUAUACCAUAUUUCUCUAGAGACUUCAGCCAGGUCUGCAUGCUCUCUUUUCUGUGAAAAGGCCUUGAAACCUUGAUGAUGUUGAGAGCACUUUUCUUACUGAGUCUUUAAAACAUCCCUGGUUAAAGUUAACUGGACCUUCAUGGGAUCCAGGAUGUUUAAACCAGGACACAUUAAAUGCAAGACAAAGGCUUUUUGGCUUUUCACAGAUUAAGAAGCUGAGAAGGAAAUGCUAUUUGUUCCAGCCCCUUUACUUUGACAGUGUAAUGGAGGAUUUAUUUUUGUGUUAAGUUCUAUCACAUCUUUGACAAAGUCACCAUUUCCUAUGAAGUCUCCGGCAAUGAUGUUAAUACAUUGUUUCUUUGGUCCUGGAUACUGCUGCUUUAUCCAGAUUUUCAAGCAUGGAAGACUCUGGAGUGUCAUUUUCUUCAAUGAUCCAAAUGGGUGUACGAGAAUAUACCUUAAAUUUUCAGUAAGGUUAAUCCCGGCUACGAAGAAUUUUUCUGAAACAAAAAUCAGAAAGUGAUACAUUAAAUAUUCCUUUGAGAACAGAAACUGCUCGGCAUUGCAUUAACUCCAGAUCUCAUUGUUCUGGGAAUCAUUAAAACAGUAACUUCACAAUCUUUCUGUAUUGUUUCGUAUCCCUAGGACUGUUUCAGUGGACUGUCUCCCCUUCUUGCAACUGCACGAUGUAGUAAAUAGUUACCGAACCAAGCUUGCUCAUUGAACCGUUACGGUUUAGCUAAAUUUAUCUAAGUUUGGGUUGGAAGGGACCUUUAAAGGUCACCUAGUCCAAACCCCCUGCAAUGAGCAGGGACAUCUUCAACUAGAUCAGGUUGCUCAGAGCCCCGUCCAACCUGACCUUCAAUGUUUCCAGGGAUGGGGCAUCUACCACCUCUCUGGGCAACCUCUUCCAGUGCUUUGCCACCCUCACUGUAAAAAAUUUCUUCUUUAUAUCUAGUCUAAACCUACCCUCUCUUAGUUUAAAUCCAUUACCCCUUGUACAAUUGCAACAGGCCCUACUAAAAAGUCCGUUCCUGUCUUUCUUAGAAGCCCCUUUUAAGUACUGAAAGGCCGCAAUAAGGUCUCCCCGGAGCAGCAAGCACUGGACUGUGGAAGCAGGCUCCUGCCUGUGAGAAGGACACCAGCUAACCCUUCUGUGCUGAGGACUUCUCCAUGGGGUCACGCAAGUGAAGCGUCUGCUGCCAUUUAUAUAGUUUAUGCACGUACAGACACUGACACGUGUACUUGCAGCACCAAACCGUUGCACGUGCCCAUGGGUGGGCAGAGCACCCAGCAACACGAGCACCUCUUGUGCACACAGCAUGCAUGAAGUGGUUAUAUCCCAUCAUGCUACGGACACCCAAAUUCCUAUCUGUUUGGCAUUGCUGUACCUGCCCCUGUUUCCCCCCGGUGACACCCU